CGAAAACUGAAAGUCUCCAUUUCCACAAUCAGGAAUCAUAAGGGAAGGGAGGGGAGGGAAGCACUCGACUAGACUGUAACUGUACCAACCACCUGCCAUUGUUUCUCCUUCCUUCCUUCCUUCCAAAGUUGCUUCAAUCAUUAUCACAUACUACACACCUUCCAGCCCCUUCUUCCACCUUUCCCUCUCAACCCACUCAUCAAUCCAACCAAACCAUUCAAGCAGCAGCUAUGUCUAUGCUGAAGCUCUGCCCUUGUUUCUACGGACGACACUCCGCCGUCUCCGAUUCCGAUCUCGACCCCGUUCUUCUCGUAUCCGGCAUGGGCGGCUCCAUCCUCAACUCCAAGCCCAAGAAGUUCGGCCUCGAGACUCGCGUAUGGGUUCGCUUCCUUUUGGCCGAGCUCGAGUUCAAGAACAAAGCCUGGUCUAUUUACAAUCCUCAAACAGGUUACACGGAGGUGUUGAACAAAGAUUCCGAAAUUGUUGUCCCUCAAGAUGAUUAUGGACUCUACGCCAUUGAUAUUCUGGACCCAUCACCAUUCCCGAUGGUGUGGGACCUCUCCUGUCAAGUUCUCUAAUGUGGCAUGCGCCUCUCUUCCAGCUUGCAAAAUGCGUUCACUUGACAGAGGUAUAUCAUUUUCAUGAUAUGAUUGAAAUGCUGGUCAACUGUGGAUAUAAGAAGGGGACCACGUUGUUUGGAUAUGGUUAUGAUUUCCGGCAAAGUAAUAGGGUUGGUAAUUCAAUGGAGACUGCUUAUGAAGCUUCUGGCAAAAGGAAAGUCAACAUAAUUACGCAUUCAAUGGGGGGACUGCUGGUGUCAUGUUUCAUGUCACUAUACAAAGACGUUUUCUCCAUGUUCGUGAAUAAGUGGAUCUGCAUUGGAUGCCCUUUUCAAGGUGCCCCUGGGUGCAUCAAUGAUUCCAUCUUAACUGGCUUGCAGUUUGUUGAAGGCUUCGAGAAUUACUUUUUUGUAUCAAGAUGGACUAUGCACCAACUGUUGCUGGAGUGUCCAUCAAUUUAUGAGAUGUUGCCUAACCCUGCCUUUAAGUGGGAAAGAGACCCUCAAAUUCAAGUUUGGCGGAAGCAAUCAAAUGAUGAUGAUACUUCUAUCCAGGCGGAGUCCUAUGGGCUACUUGAAAGCAUAAGUUUAUUUGAAGAAGCAUUGAAGAAUAAUGAGGCAAGUAAAUCAUUGUUAUUUCCCAAUAUUUCCUUCCGACCCCUGCCUCUAGUCAGAAUUAUUUUGACACAAACUAGUUUGUUGCAGCUAACUUAUGGUGGAAAUGCAAUUCCUCUACCUUUCAACAUGUCUAUCCUCAAAUGGGCUACUGAAACCCGUAAGAUACUCAAUGAUGUUCAAUUACCAGAAGGGGUCUCCUUCUACAACAUCUAUGGGACAUCAUGUGACACGCCAUUUGAUGUAUGUUAUGGUUCAGAGACAUCCCCAGUGGACGAGUUAUCAGAAGUGUGCCACGUAACGCCUCAAUACUCUUAUGUGGAUGGUGAUGGAACAGUUCCUGCUGAAUCUGCUAAGGCAGAUGGAUACGCGGCAGUUGAAAGGGUAGGAAUCCCGGGUGAGCACCGUGCACUGCUACGCGAUGACAAGGUAUUUCAACUCAUCAAGAAAUGGUUGGGAAUUGAACAGAACGUGAGCAAGCGCUCAAGAACAGUAAAGGUGAUGGACUCGCACGUUUAUAUAUGAAUUCUGCACAUAUCAGUGCUGGUUAACCUUUCAUAAAAUAUAGUUAAGUGUGUAAAUCCAGUCCAGUGUUGGUGAAGAUGUCUCUACUCUCUCGGCCCUAAAUUUAUUGUUGUAUAUGUGAAGUUGCAUGCAGAUGUUAUUCUUGUUUAAUAGCAUUUUACGCUUGGUAACAUUUUACUAGGACAGUAACCCCGUUGAUACGCCACGCGGGAACUGAAAGUAUUUGGCAGAAGAAUGCAAUCUGGGAAAUUCACUGUACUAUAUAAAUUACAGGACUUUCUGACCCA